AUGAAGAACACAAUCCCAUCAGACGUGUGGGAGAGGAAGAAAGCCUUGAUCGCUAAGCUAUACAAGGACGAAGAAUGGCCUCUCAAACAAGUCAUCAAGCAAAUCCGAUCCGAUGACUUUAACCCAAGUGAGACUCAGUUGCGGAGUAGGUUAAAGAAAUGGCGUGUUACCAAACCAUCUCGCCAGACUCGGAAGAAGUCUCAGGAUAACCAACAGGACGUCAAUGGAGAUAGCAGUAGCCACGAGGCAGGGUCCCCAAAGGAUGAGAUUCCAAUUUCUCCUAAGACCCAGUUGUAUUCGACACAAAAAGAAGCUACAGGAUUCUUCCGUGCUAGUUAUCUCUAA